AUGGUUCCGCGCCGCGCAGCCUGCGCCGCCGCCCUGGCGCUCCUGAGUCUCGCCGCCGCUGCCGUGUCUCUGCCUUUGCCCGACGCCGGUCCGCACGUUAACUACGGCUGGGGGGAACCGAUCCGGUUGCGGCACCUCUACACCGCCAGUAAACAUGGGCUUUUCAGCUGCUUCUUACGCAUCGGCGGCGACGGACGGGUGGAUGCCGCCGGUAGCCAGAGCGUGCAAAGUUUGCUGGAGAUCCGCGCCGUGGCCGUGCGGACCGUGGCCAUCAAGGGCGUGCGGAGCUCCCGGUACCUCUGCAUGGACGAGGCGGGACGGCUGCACGGGCAGCUCAGGUAUUCCACUGAGGAUUGUUCCUUCGAAGAGGAGAUUCGUCCAGAUGGCUACAACAUCUAUAAAUCAAAAAAAUAUGGAAUACCAGUGUCUUUGAGCAGUGCCAAGCAAAGACAACAGUUCAAAGGAAAAGAUUUUCUUCCACUAUCUCACUUCUUACCUAUGAUCAACACUGUUCCCGUGGAGUCAACAGACUUUGGUGAAUACGGUGAUUACAGCCAGGCCUUUGAACCAGAGGUGUACUCCUCGCCUCUUGAAACAGACAGCAUGGACCCAUUUGGCAUCACCUCUAGACUGUCACCAGUGAAGAGCCCCAGCUUUCAGAAAUGA